AUGAUAGCCGAGCCCAGAGGCUCCACACACCCGACAUCAACCGAAAUCUUCAGCUACUCCCGAUCUCCCCCAUUGAAGUCUGUUGUUGUCAGAGGCCAACAAAUCAAGAUGAAAGUAAUCGUAGCUGCACUGCUUACCACCCUGUUCUGCACCGCUGUGUCAGCAUCUUUGAAAGUCAAAGAGGAACACAGGACGGCUUUCUUUGGCGAGCACGUUCACAUUGAUGUCCCGUCUUCGAAUGACUCAGAGGUUGUGUUUACACCCAGGACCAAUCGCUCCUAUGAGGUGCCUCUGAUGCAAGCGGGCCAGGUGGUGAAUAAAUCCAAGGCCCUGCUUAACUCUUUGGGUCAUCUGGUGCUGAACAAUGUACAGGAGGAGGAUGAGGGUGUGUACAUCAUCAGAAGGAGCAAAAACACCACGGUCAGCCACCUUAUCCUCAUUGUCAGGGACUGCUCUGUGGAGCAGAUAGUUAAGUAUGGAGAAACCUACACCAUCCACCUGAGCCAAGUUGAAGGCCCCAUCACCCUGGAGUUCAGGCCCAGUAUGGUUAAAUUCAAUCAGACGGCCGUGCAGCACACAUCCGAGCCGCCACCUGUGGUGUUGUACAACCAGACGACGGUCCUGGGUGAAGACUACGUGGGGCGCCUGAGUGUUUCAGACAAGCAGGUGACUCUGCACUCAGUCAGGAUGAUGGAUGAGGGAAGCUUCACUGUGCUGGACCGUGAGGGCCAAACCAAGAUGAGGAGCUGUCUGAAUGUCAGAGAUCACCAGAGGUUCCUCCAGCUCUCCUAUGGAGAAAACCUGAGGAUGAAACUCUAUCAACACUACUCCAACGUUAACAUAGUCUACAGGCCUAAAUCAGACAACCAGGACAGAGUCAUCGUAGACCAAGGGGUUCUGGUGACCUCGCUGGACCCUCAGCUGGAGGGCAGGCUGACUGUGGAGGGUUCUGAGCUCAUCAUGAAGAAGGUUCAUGCCACUGAUGCAGGCGUCUUCAAAGUGACAGACCUGGCUGGGUUUCCUGUGGCUUACGUCUACAUAAAUGUUGAAGCCUACAAGCUGCCCCCCCUGACUGUGGCCAUCCUGGCCUUGGUGAGCCUGAUUGGCUUCAUGCUGCUGAUCUGCCUGCUGUCCUGUGUCUACAAAGAACAUAAAAGGAACGAGAAGAACAAGAAGCUGACGCUCCUCGCUCAGCAGGCCGGCAAGGGGGAGGGCGAGGCUUUUAGACAGGUGGUCCACGAGGCUUACAGCAGGUUCACAGAGGAGUCUCUGAUGCAGUCUAUAUGUGAUAAACCGUCAGAGAGCACAGAGGUUACCAUCAAGGGCCUUGAGGUGUCCAAACCAGGCCGCUACCAGACCCUCCCCUCAGACAACUUUUUGGAAAUGAGCGACUCUGGAGUUGAGUUCACCAGCUCAUGCCACCCCUUAGACAGCGACACUGAUGCUGUGAUGACCUAUGCCUCCCACAAGCUCCUCCUGAAUGCCGCCUCCCCUCCUGCUGUGAAUGAAGAAGCACAUUCCGACAGUCUGGAAGCAACCGCAAUCCCCGAUGGCGACCUCAGCGCCAUCCGAACCCCUGACUCAGUCAUGAGCGCCAGCCCUGCCUCCAAUCCUCGCUCACUUGCAGCUGCUACGCCUGGAGGCAGCCUGCAUGAGGCUGCAUCACCGGGAACAGCCUCCAGGGGCACCACCGAGUCUGAUGCAGCCAAGACGGAGGGAGGGGCUGAGAGUGGAGAAGGUGGGCAGGAGUAACGAGCUAAGAGGAAGCACCAGGGUGUGUUUUAUUUCUAUUUUUUUUUUUUUUGUUCAUGUCUUUCUCUACAUCCAUGUGGUAGAAAUCUUUUCAUAUCUAAACACUGGUUAGUCUUUCUUCACUGCAUUUGAUAUCACAACAAUGACAAUAUCACAGACAAAAUCUUGAUGCUUGGAUGCAGAUGUUGCCUAAAAGAAAAGGCAGUGCACAAAAUGCACAAUAUAGAAUCUAAUAACUGCACAGAAAAAUGGAACACAAAAGAGCAACCUCAGGCUCUAUUAAAAGAACAAAGCAACUUCCAUGCAUACAAAAUGCAUGCAUUUCAAUUAAACAUGAAAGAAGACAUCGUACAUCUAGAGGACAGUGCAGACAUUAGGGUACACUGUAUGCAAGCUCCAACGGGAAAACAGAGACAGAUAUUCUCUGCAUUUAAGUCAUCAAAUGAUUUAAUCUCCUGUCAAAAUGUUGUUAACAAAGAAACAAAGAUAAAAAAGAAGAAAAUUAUAAGGGGUUGAGGGUGACAGGCACAAUGUGUAUGCUCCAAGGGAAUCAGACAAAGUCUACAACAACAACAACAGCAAAAAAAAAAAAAUCUCCCUUUUGAGGUGAAUCUCAGCGGUACCUCUGACAGCACUUUUAUCUGCUUGUCGCAUCAGACAAACACUGCGAUGAUUGCAUUUCAUCCCGCCUCCACAGGCUCUGUUAUUAACAGUACAAGCAUGUCAGAAUGCAUCCCCACUUCUCAGACAAAAUUGCUUGUAUCAGCACUCAUUCAUUGUAUGAGGAAAAAAGCUACUUGGGAUGUUAUUUAUCACAAAUAUGCAAACAAGCUCAACUAGAUUGCAUAGCACUACCCUUGUGAGUGCCGCUGAUUGUUGUCCUUAUUCCUUUAUUAGAAGUCAAACUCGCCACAUUUGACGACUGUCAUCUGAAGAAAUUGUCAAACCACCUCAUCUCACCUAUACAAAUGAUGAAUGCCAGACAAUGCUCUCCAGGAAUAAUAACAGACAGUAGAAACUACCCUCAUCUAUUUUAUUUUUUAAAUAAAAUACUGCGACUACUGUGCGGCAUUUCUGGGACUUUUGGAUCAGCUCCUGGGAGCGUAAUUGGAUUCUUGGACUCUUUGCAGAUGGACCAAUUCACAGACAUUGUGGAGUGAGGAGCAGUGAUAGAAGAGAUGGAAGAGUGCGCUGUUCAAGGAGCAGAUAAAUUACUUGCGUGAUUCAAAGUCUCCCAUUUUCAUCUCAGCCCCAAUCCUUCUCAUGGAGCUCUGAUUAUUGUCACCCAGUUGUUUGCCAAAAUGAAGUGACUGAAAAGAUGCAGAUGGAUCGUUCUGUAAUAAUGAUGCAGCCUCCGGCUUCAACAAAAUGCCACAAAAUAGGCGGUCAUCAGAGACAUUUGUUUAUGAAUGAAAAGGAUGAGGCUGGAGAUUUAUACAAACCAACAGUAUUAGAUAGAGUCAGAGUCAAACCAGGGGACAAAGCAGACAUUUUUGGAGUGUUAAAACCUUGAUUUAGGGGUUAAAUGAAUAGUUGGAAUGUAUAAAUGGUCCAACCAUUUAUUACUGGUAUUUUUGUUAUACUUGCUCAUUAUCUACAUUUUGAAAAAUAGAUAGAGAUCAUUGGUUGGCUUUGCAGCCUCUAAUUAUGCAAACAGACCAACGAAUGGACACGGCUGUGUCUUCAUAAGAGUCAACAUGGACACACAACUAAAGAAAAAUAGAUUAACAGACAAAAAAAUAUAUUUUCUAGGUUUAUGAACUCUAGGUUUAUUUGUCUAUGUUUUCCACAGAGAAAAUACCAUGAGGUUGGGAAAGAUAAUGAAGGAAUUUGGUAAGGACUCAUCCAAAACAUAAAAAAGUGGUUUAUACUCUGUUCAGUGCCACCUUUCUCAUGUUGUUCACAGAGACUAUUUUACAUAUGUCAUAUACAGCUCAGUCUCAUUGGAGAUUGUACUACUCACACACGUCCAUUUAUGACCUACAAAAAUAUGUU